AUGGCCGCUGCAGGCAAGAAAUCAAAGAAAAUAAAAUGGAUCAAAGCCGACCCCACAAACUUUAUUGCGGAAACCACUACUAUCGCUACAGCAAACAAUUGGGCCGAUUCGGUAGAUGAAGAAUCAAGCAAUGCAAAUUCAACACGCCACCGCACGCCGGUGGUCUUACCAUCGGCGUCUCGCGCAGCUCGGGGAGGUCUGGCAGUAGAUGACGAGUCUAUACCCCGCAGGCCACCCUUUAUUGCGCAUAUCUCAAACUUGCCUUAUGAUGUUGAGGAGAGUGCGAUAAUGGAGCUGUUUGAAGGGCUUAAGAUCAACAACUUAAGACUUCCAAAGGAAGGAGGUCGUCUUAAGGGCUUUGGAGAUGUAGACUUUGAAGAUCGAGAAAGUCUUGUGAGCGCCAUGAACAUGCCUGACUUGAUAAUAAGUGGCAGACGAAUUAGAAUAGAAGUCUCCACUCAAGAUAAUGACCGACGCAUGGGCAGGAGCGGCAGAUCUGAUAGGGACAGGGAGUACGACCCCGAGCGCACCAUGGGCGACUGGCGCUCCGGGCCGCGCGCCGUGCCCGAGCCGGCACGCCGCGACCGUGACCCGCCACGCGAACGCGAGCGUGACUCGAGUGCAGACAACCGGCCUGGCGGCUGGCGCGACGCUGAGCGCACGGAGCCGCCGCGCGCGCCCUACGGCGGCCGUGACUCCUACGGCAGGGACCGGGAAGGUGGACGAGAACGCGGCUACGGCGGCCGCGACGGGUUCCGCACCGCUGAAAGAGAGGGGGGAUAUGGACGCGAAAGCAGAGGUUUCGGUAGCAGAGGGUUUGGUGACAGGGAUCGGGAUCCACCUAGAGAAGACAGCAAGCCCCGCGAGCGGCCCAAGCUGAACUUGCUACCUCGCACGGUGCCGCGCGAGACCGAGGCGCCCACCAAGCCGGCGGACGGCGCGCUACUCGACGACAGGCCGCCGGAGAAGGCCGCACCCAAGCCCGUGCCCGCCGAGAAGGUGUUCGGGGCUGCCAAGCCAGUGGACACAGCUGCCAAGGAACGUGAAAUAGAAGAGCGCUUAAGAAAACAAGAGGAAGAAGCGAGACGCGCUGCAGAAGAAAAAGAACGUUGGGGUCGUCGGAAUGAUCAUUCGGGUGAUCGUCGUGGAGGAGCAAGACGUGAUGAUCGGGACCGCGGCAGAGACUCACGUAGCUACAACAGAGAUAGACGCGACUACUCAAAGGACGAUCGAGAUAGACGCGACUACUCCAAAGACGAUCGGGACAGGCGCGAGUACUCGCGGGACGAUCGCGACAGACGUGAUUACUCGAGGGACAAUCGAGAUAGACGUGACUACUCCAGGGACGACCGGGACCGUCGUGACCACUCCAAGGAUAGACAGACAGACCGGCGCGACGACGACAGACGAGACGAUCGGGACGGCGAACGUGAGUACAGGGAUGGAGAGCGGAACAACGAUGAUAGGGACAAGGACCGCGACCACAAGGACAAUAGGGACAGGGACGUGGAUAGGAGCAGGCGCGAACCGUCUCGCGAGAGGGCGGCGUCACCCGAGAGUAAAGAAAAUGGCCGUCAUAGUCGUAGCCGCGACAGACUCGAGCCUGAUGAUAGGCCCUUGCCCAAGCUGAAGGAACAGGAGAAACCGAACUUCGUAGCAUCGAAUAAAUUUAGCUUCCUCGAGGACGCCGACGACGGCGCCUCCGAU